AUGACCACCAACCGCGAGGGUGCAUUGGUCGCCCUCACGGAUCUAUUACUGACAUGUCGGUGUGUAAGGCCUGCUUGGCUAUUUGUUAAACUUUUCUACCUUCCUUCCCAGGCUCGAGGACCUAAAAAGCACCUGAAGCGUGUAGCAGCUCCGAAGCACUGGAUGCUGGAUAAAUUGACGGGAGUGUUUGCUCCUCGCCCGUCAACUGGUCCGCAUAAGCUGAGGGAAUGCCUCCCCCUCAUCAUCUUCCUCAGAAACCGUCUGAAGUACGCUUUGACCGGAGAUGAGGUCAAGAAGAUCUGCAUGCAGAGAUUCAUCAAGAUUGAUGGCAAGGUCCGCACAGACAUCACCUACCCUGCUGGCUUCAUGGACGUCAUCAGCAUUGAGAAGACUGGAGAGCACUUCCGUCUGAUCUAUGAUGUCAAGGGGCGCUUUACUGUUCACCGCAUCACAGCUGAGGAGGCCAAGUACAAGCUGUGCAAAGUGAGGAAGAUCUUUGUUGGCACAAAGGGAAUCCCUCAUCUGGUGACCCAUGAUGCCCGCACAAUCCGCUACCCGGAUCCACUCAUCAAGACCAACGACACUGUCCAGAUUGAUCUGGAGACUGGCAAGAUCACUGAAUUCAUCAAGUUUGAUACAGGUAACGUGUGCAUGGUGACUGGUGGUGCUAACUUGGGUCGUGUUGGUGUGAUCAUCAACAGGGAGAGACAUCCUGGCUCUUUCGAUGUGGUUCACGUCAAGGAUUCUACUGGCAACACCUUUGCUACCAGGCUGUCCAACAUCUUUGUGAUCGGCAAGGGUAACAAGCCAUGGGUCUCCCUGCCCCGUGGAAAGGGUAUCCGCCUCACCAUUGCAGAGGAGAGAGACAAGAGACUGGCAGCCAAGCAGAGCAGCUAAAGUGCGCUUGACAAUUGUGCAGAGAAACCAUUUGUCCGUGAUUUGAAAAUAAAAUAAAAAAAUAUUUACAAAA